CUCCAGUCUCUUUUACGCACAAAGUCCGAUAAUGCGCGCAGGUACAGGAACCCUAACAGCCACAUUUCCCACCAGCUUACUGAGCAAUUAAUUUCCUCUUAUGGACUAAUGUGAAAGGAGUGGAUGUAGAAAUUUGACACAGCCAAGAAGGAGGUAUAUUUCUUGUGGAUCGUUCUUGUUUUCCAUAAACCGAGCGUCACCAUGGAUGUCUUGGCGAACCACAGUAUCUUUCAGGAACUUCAGCUUGUCCAUGACACCGGCUACUUCUCUGCCAUGCCGUCGCUGGAGGAAAACUGGCAGCAGACCUGCCUUGAAUUGGAGCGCUACCUGCAGACGGAGCCCAAGCGCCUGUCGGAGCUCUUCGACCAAGACCUGGAUGGCCUCCUCACCCCGGCCUACCUGAAGGAGGACAGUGAGGAGGAGUUGUCGGACGCCCUCCUUCCCAGCCUGCCCGGCCUCCCCGAGCCGCCCAGCCCGCCUCCAGCGCUCCUCUGCCCCACACGCAAGAACCUUCCCUCCCUUGGAGCAGUGAAAAGAGACCUCAAACCCAAGGGUCAGGGGCAGGAAGGUGCAGAGGGGGUGGAGGGCGUCCACCAGGCCCAGCUGAGUGCCGUCACCUCCCUGACACCGCCCUCAUCUCCGGAGCUGGGCCGGCACCUGGUCAAGCCCAGCCAGACGCUGACAGCCUCGGCUGACGGGACGCUUACCCUGAAGCUGGUGGCCAGGAAGGUGGGGCUUAGCGCGGCCCGGCUGGUGGCGGCGCACACGCUCCCCGUCCGAGUGAAGGACGAAGAGGAGGGGGCAGCGUGCGUGAUAGGGGUCGGGGAGCUACCGGAGAAUAAGAAGAGGAUCCACCGCUGUCAGUUCAACGGCUGCAGGAAGGUGUACACCAAGAGCUCCCACCUCAAGGCCCACCAGAGGACACACACAGGUGAGAAGCCGUACAAGUGCUCGUGGGAGGGCUGUGAGUGGCGAUUCGCCCGGAGCGACGAGCUGACGAGGCACUACCGCAAACACACUGGCGCCAAGCCUUUUAAGUGUAACCACUGUGACAGGUGUUUCUCGCGGUCGGAUCACUUGGCACUGCACAUGAAGAGGCACAUCUGAAGAGUUUGAGAGAGGUCAGCAGGAGUGGAGGAGAG